AUGGCAGCCACUCCCUCAAACCGGACUAAGCUUACACCAUCUAAUUCUCCGUUCCUCGCGCGGCCUUCGCGGUCUUCCGUUCGACCCCGCAACCCCCAAGAGAGCUGCCUAUCUCUCCAGCGCGUGAUAGGCACCACCUGCAGCUCGCCCACCGGAUUCGAUACCGUCCACUCGUCUUUCGCAUACAUUGCCGGCGGCGCCGUUGUUGUGGUAGAUGUCUCGGGCGGGGAGUACUCACAACGCUUCUACCGGGCCAGACCAACAGCGGUCCCCUCCCUCUCCAUCUCACCGGUCACCAACACAUCCUCGACCGCGAACUCAACGCCGAAAGCCAACGACAGCAGGAAUAGGUCUGCUGCGUCUCCGAGGGAAUCGCUCUUUGCCUCCUCGGACUGGCCAGACUCACCCACAUCCAAGACCUGGACGAGCCGUGAGCGGAUCAAGGCCGCGACUUGCCUUGCCCUCAGCCGAGAUGGACGGUACCUAGCAGUGGGCGAAACGGGGUACGCCCCGCGAGUUCUCAUUUUCAACCUACAGGAUGCUUCCUCCGACACCCCCCUCGUAUCAAUCAGCGAACAUACAUUCGGUGUCAACGCCGUGGCGUGGUCGCCAGAUACGAAAUUCCUCGCAUCAUUAGGUGCCGCAAACGACGGGUUCCUCUAUCUCUGGAGAGUCGAUUCCCGGACGGGUGCAGUGAAGUUGUUCCAGCAGAACAAGUGCACUUCGUUUGUCAAGGGGAUGGUGUGGAUGGGGAGUAAUCUGCUCACGCUUGGUGUGCGGCAUGUGAAGGUCUGGAGGGUGGACGACGGACCGGAGAUCUCUGGCGCGAAGCAGAAGUUCCCCAGCGAUGGACCAGUUCCUGUCGCGCCGGUACAAGCACAGAAACCUUUGCCGGGCAGGAACAUCCUUCUGGGUUCGAUGCUGGACGCCACGUUCUCCUGUGCUCUUCCUAUAUCCGAGGACAGAGCCAUCAUCUGCACCGAGACAGGGAGUGUGUGUCUUCUAGACGAUGCCAACAAGCAGAUGAAGCUAACGAAGGCUUUGGAUCUCGGGUUCAGCAUCACCUGCAUAUCCCGGCGAGGAGACAACGUCUACAUUGGUGGGAAAGAAGACUAUUUCGCUAUCAUUUCCCUUGACACCAUAUUGACUGGCAAGCCCGAGAUCCCUGUUCACACCUCACAGACAGCUACCGGUCUUAUAGCUAUGGGAUUCUUGGCAGAGAAUCUCGUGACAAUCGACAGCAAGCGAUCGAUCGGUAUCUGGAGUGCUGACCAGAUGCCGAGCUGCGCGAGAGGGGGCGGCUCUUACAUUCCCAUUCCAGGCCUCGAAACGGGUGGUACUGAAGCCGAACCCGUCAACCAGGUCGUUACGGCGAGAGCCUCGAACGAUGCGAGCCUCUUCGUUGCUGGAGACAAGCUUGGUGUUCUCCGGAUCGUCGAGGUGUCCAGCGGAGAGUGUCUGCUGGAGUCGAAGGUACAUGCUUCCAACUGCCAAGACAUCACAGUCCAUGAGGGCAAGGACCGGACGGUUCAGUUGUUCCACCGCCCAUCCACUGGAGUAUUUGAACACUUCCAAACACUCGAGUUCAGCGCCAAAGUGGUGCAGGUUCUCAUACCUACAGAGGACAAGAUACAUGAUUUGGUGACCAUUCCCUCCAGACACAUUUCGCUGAGGGCGUCUCCGUCGUCAAUGACGGUCACGCCCGACCUCAAGACCAUCUUUGUGUCGCUGCUGGAUCGCUCUGUAUGUCAGUUCGACUUUGGCAGCGGGCGGCUCUCGACGUCUUUCAAGUGCAACGACGAAGCGGGGCUCGACUCCGUCGUCCUCGAGUCUCUAACUUAUGGCGAGCUUGGCCCUGACGGCCUUGCGUUCCUCCUCGGCAUUUCGAAUACAGACAAGUCUGUGAGAAUCUAUGAUACGCAGUCGGGAUGUUUCAUGGAUCGGGAGUGGGGCCAUACCGAAGCCAUCAACGGCGUCAUCUUCAUCGACAAUGAAGAGACGGGACGCAAGGUCGUCAGUGCGGGAGAAGACGGGACCAUCAUGAUCUGGGCCCUGGAUUUCCAGGAUUCUGCGGGGGGGUCAAGAAGCCGUGAUCCCUCACCGGAAAAAGCACCACCGCAGUCAACUUCGACCAGACCCCCUUUGAGGAGACGCCCGUCGCCAACCACAACCACCGGACGCCGUUCACCCCGCGCUUCGCGCCUGACCUCCAAAUUCCACCUCCCUUUCUCUUCCUUACGAACUCCCACCGCCGAUAAACAGCAGACGAGCCCUACUAGCGCCAGCGCCGCCAUGAACUACACGCCCACCCGCCGCGACUCCUCGGGGGCUCUGACGACAGCCCGCCACCCUCAAGCCCCAAGACCCGCUCCAACGUCAAACUCCAACCACCCCCGCGGCAGUGGUAGCGGCGGCGGCGGCUACGGCUUUGGAAGCCUCAGCAUGGCCACGGAGCAGACGUGCCGGCAGCUGCGCGCGUAUAGGAAGAAGUUGUCGUCAACCGACACGAUCAGCAGCGAUGUGCUCGCGCAGCUGGAUGCGGAACUCCGGUUGACGGCGGCCGCACUCGGGGAGAGGGCGAUUAGGAGUCGGACAAACGCCGCUGCCGCUAGCAGCAGGAGUCCUAAAGACAGGGGUCGGGAUGGCGGCGGCGGCGGUGGUGGCAGCGCCCAGGAGCUGAGCGAGUCGCUACUAAGUGGGCUGCUAGAUCAGUACAGCGAGCGGUUAGUCUCGAUGCUAGACGAGAAGCUGAGGCUGCGGCUCACCGAGGAGGAGAAGGAUGCUCUGGCCAAGGAGCGGCGGCCUAGUACAGCCGACGAUGGGUCGCCGAGUACGACGAGGCGGUCGAGCGAGGGCGGUAGCUUGGGUAGUGGCGGCGGGGUCGUUUGCGAAGAGCCGCAGAGCAUGUGA